GCGUACACACAGACGGGCGCGGUGCCCUAUUUCCCCUUCUUCUUGUGCGCUCGGGCGCAAGCUUCUUUCAGUCUCGCCCCAGUCGUCACCAACGUGGGCGGAGGCCAGUACUGCUUCACCCUGCAGUUCAACGUGUACAGCAGCUGCUUGGUCCCUGGCGCCUCCGUAUCGGCAACUGUCAACGGUGUUCCCACAGCAGUCAGUCCCUCAUUUGAUCGGCCCCAAGAUGGUCCGCCGGGUAGCAGCAUUCUGCGAGUGACUCAGCUGGGUCUCAACCUGACGAGCAACGGAGCCAAGGUUUGCAUCACCCUCAAACCCAACAGCGCCGGUCAGGGCUGCACCACGCUGGAGCAGCUGUGCGUUCCACCCAAUGGCAUGGCGCCGGGGUCGUGCAUAGCCGCCAUGUUUGAUUACUCGCUGGACUGCUGCCCAAUUACACGC